AUGUUGCCGCCGCAUUUGCAACACGCCGCGCUCCGUUUUGUGCUGCGCCUUUCAUAUUAUCACGCGCUCGCUUUUGGACUACUGCCUACUUGCAUUAGCUACAAGCAUCCGCUGCGCACGCCGCGUCACACCGUACUAUAUCAGCUGUACACCGCUGUGAUAUAUUUGCUCUGCUGGGCGGCGUAUCCUGUCUUAAUGCUGCGCAUGACAAUCGAUUUGGUGCAUCUCCGAGGCUGGUUGGCCGUACUAUUCUCGUUGAGCAUCGGUUUAAUAUGCAAAUCGGUCGCGCUCGCCACUAUGUACGCAUACAUAUUGUUUGGGCGGCUGCGCGCCAUUGAAACACUACGCUUUUAUCGCGCGUUACGUCAACGUUAUCGUCACAUAAAGGGACUAACGUGUCACCGGCAAGCGCAAUUCGAGUGUCAGCUGUUAGCGAAAUUCGUUAUCGCCAGCGUUGGCAUCGUCUUUACGGCGCGCAUAUUUUUUAUGUAUGGCGAAACGAACACCACAUACGCUUAUAAAUUGCUAAUACUCGGUCAAUUUCUCGCCAAUACAUUCCUGAUCGGUUGCGUACAUCAGUUUUUAUAUGCGCUCUACUUGCUGCGCCAGCAAUUCGCCUGCGUCAAUGAGUCGUUGCGCCUGUGGCAGUUGGAGGCGCGCGCCUGGCAAACUAAUAAGCAAACACUUCAAACGCAUUCCCCUCAAGAACUCUACACCGAUUUGCGCGUACGUUUGACGGAGCUGAUCCAAAUGCAUGCGGAUUAUCAGCGUUUGGCUGUGCGCGUUUUCAAAUUAUUCGCACUGCCGUUUGCCGGCUUCUUGAUGCGCCAAUUCGGCGUCAGCAUUAAUAUGCUAUUCAGCGCUGUGAUUAUUGGUUCACUGUUCGUUGCGCUCUUCUAUACGGAUGUCCUGUUGUUGAUGUCCUUCGUCAACGGUGUGGUGGACGAUUGUAAUGCAGCCGCGCAGAUGCUGCGCGAAUGCACCACGAUGGUCAGUGUUGGUGAGCCGCAUGCGGUGCUGGAGCGACAGCUGGAAUCCUUUUCGCUGCGUCUUAGUUGCCAUCCGCUGUGCUACAAAGUGUUCGGUCUUUUCGAAUUCAAUCGUAGUGAAUGUUUGAAUUGUCUAUGUACUAUUCUUGUUUACAUAACGGUACUUAUGCAAUUUGAUAUGAAUAAAGAACGGAUGUCGAAUUUUUAG